AUGUCUUUCUGGCUCUCUGUGGCCUUUCUUCUCUCCCUCUGCGUGGCGCAGCAAGAGACGCGCGAUAUUGCCAGCUGUGCGUGCGGCUUCUACGACCAGGAGGCCGGUCUUGUCUACACGGACGCCUCCAUCGUCUAUUUCAACGAGACCAGCAGCAUCCCGGACGACUUGAUCGUGGAGUCGUUUGCCCACAAGUACGACCGCGGCUGGAACUCCCUCUACCGCCAGGGCGCGGCCGUGGACAAUGUGGCACUCGGCCACGACGCCAGUGCUCGCAACAAGAGCAGUCUGUCCAUGUACUGCGAUCCCGCGGACAACAACCACCUGGUCGUUGGAUCCAGCAUCCGCACGGCCCGCGAGGACCUCUUCUUCGGCUCGUUCCGCAGCUCGCUGCGCGCCCCCCGUGCCUGGCACAAGGGCUCGGCGCUGUCCAUGGUCCUGGAGCACAACCUGACGGAAAGCUGGAGCAUGGACGUCAUGAACACGGACAACAGCAGCUGGGCGUGGGUGACGAUGCUGAUGCAGAGCUCGUUCCCCGACCUCUGGUUCGGGGCCAACUUCACCAACCUGUCGCAAGAGAACAUGGACCCGUGGUACUACACCGAGUAUCGCGUCGACUGGAGCAGGGACCGGCUGGACUACUACAUCGGCGGCCGGCUGCAGAAGAGCUAUACAAGACACGGUAACGGAUCGCUGCCCAGCACACCGGCUGCCCUGCGGUGGCAGCAUUGGUCGCUGGGGAACAUGUACAGCACGGGGGGGCCGCCGCAGUCUCGCUCCGAGGCCAACAUCGCGUGGACUCGCAUCUUCUUCAAUUCGUCGCUCAUGACCGAUGCAGCGCAUGAGGCAUUUGACGCCCGAUGUUCUCCGGCCGAUGCGUGUCCCAUGAGCGACAACUCCCUCCGGGGCUCCUCCGUGUAUCCCGCCGACGCCCUGAAGCCGUGGAAGCAGAAGCACCCGCCGUACAGGAUCCGGUGGGCGCCUCUCAUCAUCGUCAUCAUCUUCUCGUCCGUCUUCACGCUGCUCACCACCAAGACGCUGUGGAGACGCUUCUGGAACGAUACCCUGGUUGACAUGGGGCUCCGGAAGUCGUCCACGGCCGGCGACAGUGUCGAGGAGCUGAACCAUUCCCCGGAAGCAUCGCUGUCGGACUCCCCCAUCCGCGAAGAUGGCCACACUCCCGGCGCAUCGUCCUCCUACCUCCCCCUCCCGCCUCCUUCGUACAAGGUCGCCCCGACCCCGGCCCCGGAAUACCGCAGCCCUGCGGUGUCCCGGCGGCCGUCGAGGCUCUCGGCCACGCAGACGCCGGGUGGAGGCCCCGGUUCCUCAGCACCAGACAGCUAUCUCCCACCGACGGCAGGCGUGCUGGCCGCUUCGCUGCUCCAUUCCUCGCAGCAGCCAGAGCGAGGACCGGGCGAGAAGGCCUCCGCGUCGCCGCCGUCGGGACCGACGACGACGCAGCCGGAAACGCAACAGCCCGGAUCCAAACCGUCAGGAUCCAACCCGGAGGGAAACGCGCCUCCCCGCCAGCGUAUAGACUAUCUGGCCGGGUUUAUCUCCGUCAGCGCCAUUCUCGUCACGAUGAACCACUUUGGCCUCACGUUCUGGGCGGCCGUCAUCAUCCCUUCGGUGCUACCGCAUUACCAGAGCGAGACCUGGGCGCGCAAAACCAUCGCCACGUACUUUCUGGAUCCGCUGUGGAUCGGUCCGUUUCUGAUGAUCUCGACUCGCUUUCUGGUGUCCAACUACCUGCGGACCGGGAACUUGAGCAACAUGGCGCAGAAGGUCGUGGCACGUCCCUUUCGUCUGCUUACCCCGGUCGCCUCGAUUGCGCUGCUGCAGUACUUCCUCAUCGACGCCGGGGCGGUCAACUGGCUCGAAUACUUGCCCUCGGUGACGUGGUCUUCCUGGCCGUUCACCUCCAUCGUGGCGAACCCGGGCGUCUUCAUCAGCGAAGUCAUCCAGCUGGCCUAUCUGAUCCCCAACGGCGCUCCGAUGAUCACGUACAACUACUGCACCGGCGUGCUGUGGACAAUCCCCGUCCAGCUGCAGGGAGCAUGGCAGACCCUCCUCGCCCUGCUGAUGAUUAAACAAUGCAAGACCCCGUGGAAGCGCAUGGCCUUUUACGCCUUCAGCAUCAUCAACCACUGGUACGGCCUCUCCUGGGCCAGCUACUACUACGCCGGAGUCCUCCUGGCCGACCUAGACAUCACGUACAAGUACAAGCCAUGGCUGCACGCGCGCCCGUUCCUCUACUACCCCGUUUUGUGGCUGUUGAUCCUCGUCGCCCUCGGCGGCUUCACCAUCGACCUCGUUCCGCAGUGGAACGGCGUGCAAUACGCCCUGAUCGAACACAACUGGCACCCGGAUAUCAACUCCGGCCUGUCGCUGGGCCAAGCGGGAAACACCGUCUACCCAGAUUACUUCAUCCCCAGACUGAAUGCAUGGGUAUCCACCGUGUCCAUGCAGGCGGUCGUCGAGAUCUGUCCGCUCGUUCAAAAGAUCCUCUCCGUGAAGUUCUUACAAUUCGUCUUCCCGCAUAUCUUCACCAUCUACCUGAUCCACGGCUUCAUCUUCUGGUCCAUCGGGUCAUGGGCCAUGAUCACCCUGUUCUCCUACGGACUCCCCUACUGGCUCUGUGUGCUUCUGGUGUUCAUCAUUACGUACUUUGUGCUUUUUGCAAGCCUUCCACUGCUUACGCCCCCGAUCGAAAUGCUCGGUCGCAGUUUGGCUCUGCGCAUCUGGGCCCAUGCUACCGAAGAGCCUGUGCCGAGACAGCCUACUACCUGGCCAUUCGGGGUGGAGUUUCUCGCUAUGCGUGAGGUUAAUCAGCCUCCAAAGUCGCCUGCGUCGGCGAGCAGUGAUCCGGCCUGUGAAAAGGGGAAGAAAGUUGAUCGGGGCGCUGGGACGGAGGAGAUGACCACUAUUGAGACGAUCGCGGAAGUAUGA